AUGCAAAGACCGCGGCGAAGCGAACCUGUGCGAGCAAUACGUGAAGGAGCCGAGCGAUCGGCCGACCAGCUCGAGAACGUCCUCUCGCGCCUGAUCACUCGCGUAGAUAAGGUCGAGGACUACAACGACCUGCUGUACGAGUUCAAAGACCCGCUCCCGACCUACCGCCCUAACAAACGCGAGGGAGAUGAGCAAGACAGGAAGGACUCGAAACGUCAGUCGACCGACCACAAGCCAUCACUCCGCGACCACAUGGACCUUGAUCGCGAGAACUCGGUCUCUGCAUCGGGACAUACGAAGGCUGCCUCCAUCGCCCCAAGCAACCUGUCCCAAGACAUUAUUUCGCCUGUCAUGACGAUGCCGCCGUUGAGGGCUGGAGGAAGACCACCGCAUCAGCCUCAACCUGGUCCAUCCAAUAGCCACAACCAGGUUCCGACUCAGCAGGGAACACCAGGCAGCCAGAUCAUGGGCGGAGAAGCGACGUGGAUGAACAGUCUGAACCGCGACCCGGGGCCGUAUGGAGGAGCCUACACCCCGAGUAACAUGGACUUCCUGCGCAGCGGGUUCGAGCCUGCGAGUAAGGCGCCCAGCGCCCACGAGCAUGAUGCCGCCCUGGCUCUGGAGGGCAUGGCUCUUGGCCGAGAGCUGCACAACGCCAUCCCGCAGUCAAGAGAUGAACAAAACAACAACGAGCCAACACCAGGGUCACCGAUCACUUUCUCAUCCUUCGUGCAGAGCAAGAAGAUCCACAAGCCGUCAGGCGGGCUGAAGUCGUUCCCUGCCGCGUCGCGGCUACCCUCCAUCAUCGUCGGCAAGUAUGUCAUUAACCACUACUUGGACAACGUCGACUUUCGAUGGCGCUGCCUGCACCGGCCGACAUUUGAGCGGCAGCUGGAAGACCUGUCGCAGCGAUUGCGACACAAGUCGACGGACUUUUACCGCGACGAGCUUUCGACGCUGGCGCUGUAUGCCUCGUGUCUUGCUGUCGGCGUGCACUUCCUCGAUGACGACGGGUACCGCGACCUGAACCUGAACGAGGAGCAGGCCGAGCAGCUCGCCGCUACGUGCUGGGAGGUGUCGUACCAGGCGCUCGAGGCGUCGGACUGGAUGCAGGUGCACGAUAUCCGCAGCGUGCAGACGAUCAUGUAG